AUGGAGAGCGUGUCGCUGUAUGAGGGGUCCAAGGCGGCCCUGUCAAAAAUCACAAGACCGGAUUCUGCAGAUGGUAUUGCGCAGCUUUCCGGCAAACAGUCAGAAGAGGCCUUAGAACACCUAAUGGAUAUGCUUAGGUUGGACGCACAGCCAGAAGUUAUCAUCUGCAGGUCAGAAGAUGCACUUGUAGAGGCGGCAUCCUCCACGCCUUUAGUGAUGUUGUUGUGCGAAUUCGCUGUGAAUUUGAAGAACGAAGAACUCUCACCAAUGGAAACCCAAAUUCUUCAGACACGGUGUACUUUUAUGGCAUCAUUGCCAGAUCGCGUUGCGAAUGCGUUGCUGAGCACAUUUGGACCCACACAAAGCCUUGAAAUUGAUGUGGACCUUCUGGUAACACGCAUGUGUCAGUCCUUGUAUCGGUUUUUAUUUGCACUACACGAGGCAUCACCAAGCGAAACGGUGCAUGUACCAUCUAGUAUGAAGCGAUACGAAUUCAACAAGAAAAAUGCUCUUCUUGUCUGUGAGGUGUUACUGCAGUCUUUAAUUCGACGUGGGUUUAUUCGAGCUCUUUUUCAGAGUUUUAUCAGUGUCCUGAAAGUGGCAUUGUAUUCGGUGGUUCCUUUGGAAGAAAUAAUGAUACUUGUAUUUAAGGCUGUUUACAAGUGUAACUUUAAAAAUGGGGAACUUCUAAGAGAUAGCACGAGGAAUCGUAUACCCGUUAAUCUCAAGAUAAGUCCGUAUUGGUCAGACUGGAAUGUAUGGUUUUUGCAGGCGGCAGAAAGGGACAAUGCAUUGAAACCCCUAUUCAUAUCCUCACUACUCAGAAUGAUUAACAUUUCAAUCAAAAAUGAAGAAACGUCUAGUGACACAAUAUCUAUUUCAAAGGCCUUAAUGAAAGAAAUUUUUGUAACAGCAACCUCAUAUUUUCCUACUGAACGAGGUGUUUUACGCGUUAUUUUCAGAGAUAUUCUUCCGAGGAUUGUGCCGCAACAUUCAGAAGGGGGCGAGGUAACACUUUCAGAAAUCAAAGAGACAGCAUUUACAGAGUUGUUAAAACGAUGGAACAAUCGUGAUGUAAUUGAAAAAGACUCCGUUAAAAUGAAUAGCACAUUGGCCAAUUCAGUUUUGUACAUGCUGCUUGAUAUCAAGGAGCAUCAUGUUAAAGGUGCAAAGGAGCAUCUUCCAGCUGUACUGCUGCAGCCCUUGUUGGCUGGAAUUUCAGCGCGCUUUGAGAUUGUUCGAGCUGAUAGCUUGAGAAAUGAGGCCAUAACUGUGGCUUCAGCGUUUGCAACUUUUUUCGUUGGUGACGACGAAGCGCGGAAUGCAUUUUCAAAUUUAGAGCAGUUUCCAGGUCUUCUUGAUGAAUGGUUAAAGAGUGAAGUGGAUCCAAUGAGAAGUCUUCAAGUACCACCGGUUCCGCACAUAUCAACCCAACAGGAUGCCAAAAGUAAAGGGAAGCUUUUUUUAUACCGUCGAAGUGUUGAUGAUGAAGAAUAUCCGCUUAAUCCAGAUAGUGCCUUUACUUUUUUUUGUCAAAAAGAUUUUGCAACGGUACGACCACAUGCUACUUCAAACUCUGGGGGAACAGUAGUUUUCAAUCCAGACACAAUAGUGGAUCAUGCACACUUGCCAUCUUUUGGGAAAACGUUGAAUGAACAAGAUGAAUUGGAGGAAAAUGUGACGGUGCUCGUCACUCUGCGUGAGUCCUACAAUGCCAUCAUGGGCGUGGGACGGGGUAGUAACGUCCAAGCCUACGAAGUUCAACAGGCAAUGGAGAGUGGACUUCGUGGAUUUGCCCGCGCCUUGAAAACGCUCAAAGACAAACUUGGUGUUUGGAAGGAGCGGAAGGUCAAUGGUGAGCUUCUAAGGUCGCGCGAAAAGAUUGGAAGAGAGCUCAAUCCAAUGGUUGCCCCUCUUCUUACAGCACUGAUGUCACUCACUAUUCAUGCCCCAGAAGCUCAGCAUAAGGAGUUAAUGGAUCUGCGAUACGCAGUUAUGGUUUCGUUAAUUACGAUUGUUCCAGAGAAUGCACUAAGUCAGCUUGGUAAAAUGUUGUAUUCAAGUCAUUAUGGUAUUUUUCAGCGUGUUGAAAUGGCAAAGGCCAUUGGUGAGGCGGCAAAAUAUAUCUCACAGGUAGAAGUACGUGUAGACUCAGAAGAAGCAACUUCAUGCAAAGGUACAGCUGGGAAUGAGCAAGGUAUGAAGAAAAGAAUUUAUCCUCCCAUACGAAAAGAAAACGUAACGCCCGUAUCGAUUAUCGUCGCUGAAGGAAAAAAGACUCGACGAUGGGGAAAUGCGGUGGUAGAAAGAGUGGAUCGAAAAGAACGAAUUUACUGUAGCUAUUUGACAAGUGUGGUAUCCUUCUUUGUGGGAUCACUUUUAGAAAAAGCUGAAAAUGAUCAUUUCUGCUUCUUCCGUGAACAUGACCCGUAUGCCCCGACGGAAAUACUUCGAAGUAUUGGUACAGUAAUACAAUGUAUAGCUUCGGCUCGUCAUGUUGCACCAGCCCUUUGUGAGAAUCUUAUGUCGUUCGCCAUACAGGUUGUAACGGAGCAUCCAGUUUCAAUUGUUCGAAAGCAAGGAUGGGUUCUUAUUGGAGAAAUUAUGCGGUGCUGGUGUGGGGCAGGUCCGCUUUUUCCGGAAGAAGGCUACUCCUUUAGGUCUCGUAGUGUUUUUGGAGGCUCCUUGUCGUAUGUGUUUUCGCAGCAAUGGUUAAAUGCUCAGCAGGCCUUGGAAGUUAUAGUUGCCAAAAGCAAGGGUGAUCCGAGUUGUAUGGAAGUUGCACUUUUGGUUCUUGCCGAUCUGCAUGAUUUGUUUACGGCAAAACAAGAUCUGGAAGUAAUGGAAGGUCGCGUGCUCAAUACACAAGUGAUUUCCAUCGCAUCUGACACCAAAAAUCGUAUCCGUCUCGUUUGA